AUGCCGGAUCAGACCUCGGAGCCGCUUCGGCAACCGGUCCGUGGCCCCGUUCGUUUAAUCCCAUCCCAGAUUGACAAAGAAUCAGUCACCAGCCAACCGAAGGCGCGAGAUAGUCCGUUGAAACGAGCGGGGCGAGACCUGCGAACAUGUUUUAAGCUGCUCCCGAAGCUUCCAAACAUAUUCAGGCCUCUUCGAGCUCCCCAUCCGACUGAUGAAUUGUACCUUGGGCCACGGAGUAUUCAAAAUGUGAUAUUCCGCCGCCCUAUCACAGGUAUUCAGAACCGCACCUAUGGCCUCAUUGGGGACCUGCUUGAAUGUAUCAUCCAACGCACAUUCUCGUAUAACACCUACGACGCCCGGGUCGCGUACGAUCACCUCAAGGCGGUGCUUGUUGAUCCAAGGAUCCGGAAGGUGGUCCUAAUUUGCCAUUCCCAAGGAGCGAUCGUCGCCUCGCUCGUGUUGGACAUGCUGUUCGCAGAUCUGGCAGCGAACCAGAUGGCAAAGCUUGAAAUCUACACCUUUGGAUCUGCCGCAGAGCACAUCAGCAACCCCUUGAGUAACAGUGGCCAGAGAGGCGUGAUAAAGCAUAUCGAGCACUACGUUAACAAGGACGACCCUGUUCCUCAGUGGGGUUUUCUGCGUAACAUCAACAACGCCGAGGACAAGUAUGCCGGGCGGGUUUUCAUCCGCGAGGAUGGACGAGGGCACAUGUUCAACCAGCACUAUCUGUCUCAGAUGUUCCCUCUCGAAGCGGAAACAACAUCCAAUAAGGCGAAAUUCCUUGACCAGGUCGUCCAGGUUGAUGGAGGAAUAAUGGAGGCUCGCCGCGUGCUUGUCCGUAGGAAGACUGGUCUACCUCCCGGCGACCCUUCGAGCCCAAGUGGAACCGCUGGCAGGGGAGCGAUUGACUUUUUAACGGGGUUGCCAGUCAGGGAGGGCCGGCUAAGAGUCGACUUUGCCUGCCGUGGCUGGCGUGAAAAUAAGAACCCGGACUAUUUUACCUCCGUGGUUUAUCCGAAGCUUUGGCCAAUCAAUCAGCUAAUUCUCCCGGAAAACUGGGCCGCUAUGCUAACGUGCACGACGGGAAUUGAAAUCCAUCCAUCGUUAACACCGCACACGACACUGGUGAUCGAGACGGAGGGAGCAAAACCCGCAACCAGCUUGGCAUUAAACUGGGAGGUAGAAGGUACUGGAAGACGUGGGAGAAGUGUUCACGUCUGCACCACAAAAACGGCCUUUUCAACCGCUCGACGUCCACAGACCGUAUCACCGCGGCAGGUUGAAGACGAGGCGCAUACGUACAUCCCUCUCGUCCCAGUCCUGACGCCAGAGUUCUCUGCGCAGCUCCAGCCUCUCCCAGCGCGACCUGAGCCGUCGUACCACCGCAGCCAGACCCGGUCGUCUUCGUCUCCUGUCUUUCACGGCCGCAUCCACGCAAACCCCCAACGGCCUCACGAGCAGCAGCCGCCGUUGCUACCGCUGUUCAAAUAUACCAGGAAGUCUCCUUCCUCUACUCUCUGGAAUCCUGUCAACUAUCUCCCGCGCUCCAGCGCCCGCUCGCCUCCACCGCUCUCACCUCGCACAGUUCUGACCGGCGACUCCAAGCCGAAACGAGACUCGUACCCGCUGCUCACCCUGCCAGAGCGUCGACGGAUUCGCUCGCAGGACUCCGGCGCGCUGAGCGUAGCUGUUAAACGAAGCAUUGACGAACCUGAAGCCGUUGGCCGUACCAGUAUUGGACUUCCUCGCAGACACAGACGGGGAGAUACUUGGGGAAAUAUUGAAAUGGUCGACCAUUCAGAUGGUGCUACGGGGCAGAGGAACGAUCUUAGGGCGCCAGAACCUGCGUUUGCAAUCAGAAAUGGCAACCCUUUUUCCAUGAACGGAAGUACAGCUGCUCAACAACACCCUGACGAUCCUCCAGAAACCCCUCGACAUGUCAACUCCCAACACUCCUUCAGACCGCAGACCUUUGUCUCCGUGCCGUCUAUAAACCCCAACAACCCUUCUGCCAACCCCCAAAUACCCGGUGGACCGCCAAACGGUGACGCUACAGAAGAACUCAGCUGGGGUCCCUCGCAUCCAUGCUUCCCACACAUGAACACUCACGUGUCCCUAAACUCGGAAGAGUACGUUCACACACGAGUGAUCCGAAUACGACGAGACUGGAUGGUCAAAGGCGAUCUAGCACCCACCUUCUCUAACCUAUACCCCGAAAUUCUCGACCCUCUUCUUGGCGAACAGGAAUUCCGCACCAUCAUCACCAAGGUAAACGACGAGCUUAUCACUGCAUUCGACCCGUAUGGUGCACGCAACUGGUUUGAUGGGGUGAUCGGGUUUCUCACAGGCUGGCUCUGGGACGAUCUAGGAGCUAGUCGGGUCAAGUCGCGAAUCAAGGGACUCGAGGCCUGGAUAGAUAACUGGAAUCAUGAGGUCGGUGCUCUGGAGGGCGUCAAGAUAUGGGGGCCUCGACGAACAGGCUUUCUAUCUCUCGAUAUACAGAUUCCCGAUCCGAAGAUUGGCAUUGUGGAGAGCGAUGGCGCCUCUGAUCUGGGGACGAGACCCAGUACGGCGAAUACACGGCGACAGCAAUAG